AGCCAUUUUACAAACAUGCCGAAAAGUACAACAGAGGAUUUUAAAUCCAGCGACAAAAGGCCCAGAAGUUCGAGCCGCAGCACCAACGAGCCGUUCCAUUUCGCCGUCCAUAAGCCUGGAUGUCACUUCGAAAGCUGCUGUGGGGUUUGCAACCUAUUCCCAGGGGUUCUGCUGAUCGCCUUCUGCCAAGUUCUGGUUGGAGCUGUUUUACUCACUUUGAUCCUCACGCAUGGCAAGUUAUAUGAUGAGGUUCAUGAGACUCCUACAACUCAGUUUAUGAGCGUCGCCACGGGUGCAGUUCUUAGCGGGAUAACUGGCGCCGGAGUACUAUUGAUCAUUGUGGCUCUGACGGAGAACUGCAGGGCUAUGCUGGUAUAUCUACUGGUGGCUACGAUAGUAUGGAUGGGCAUCGUAUCGCUUGCAAUGGCCAAGAUUGGACGAGCCUGUAUACGCUUUAAGGACGCAUCAAAAAUUAAAGACGAACAUCACAGAUUGGCAAACUUGGCGUGUGUUAGCGGCCUUUUCACGUUUCUCGGAGCUGUGCUAUAUUUCUUCUCGUUCGUGGUGGUGUUGAGUUUCUACCAUUUCCGGUAUGUGCGUCGCGCGAUUCUGCUGCACGAGGCCGAGUGCGAGUGACGUCUUCCGACUGCACGCUACAGUUCCAAUUGUUCACUUUACAACGGUAUAUUUAUAUAAUAAAUGUAUUUGUUUAUAUUCA